AUGGAGGCUGCAGGAGCGCUGGCGAGCUUAGCACCGUCACCAAUCACAGUACUGGGUCUGAUACCACUCCUGGCUCUCGGGAUUACGUAUUUCAGAUAUCAGCAAUUCGAUCCGGAGUCUUACAUCACAGAUGUAAAUACAAUAUUACCGAUCUACGACUUCGUAAUAGUCGGCGGGGGGUCAGCGGGUGCGGUGGUCGCGUCGCGGCUCUCCGAAAUAGGAAACUGGACUGUAUUGCUACUAGAAGCUGGACAAGAUGAGAACGAAAUAUCCGACAUACCAGCCCUGGCUGGUUAUACACAGCUAUCAGAGAUGGACUGGAAAUUCCAAACGACGCCGUCUCACAACCGCUCAUACUGCCUCGCUAUGAACGGUGACCGCUGCAAUUGGCCGCGAGGGAAAGUACUCGGUGGAUGUAGUGUCCUUAACGCCAUGGUGUACGUUAGAGGAAAUAGAAACGACUACGACCUUUGGGAGGCUCUAGGAAAUCCUGGUUGGUCAUACGAUCAAGUUUUACCAUACUUUUUGAAAUCAGAGGAUAAUCGUAAUCCGUACCUAGCUAACAACCCGUAUCACGGCACGGGCGGAUAUCUAACUGUACAAGAAGCUCCCUGGCGGACACCGUUAUCGAUAACAUUUUUAAAAGGUGGCAUGGAACUGGGUUACGAAUUUCGCGAUAUUAACGGCGCGAAACAAACGGGUUUUAUGUUGACCCAAGCGACUAUGCGUCGUGGGAGUAGAUGCAGUACAGCUAAAGCUUUUAUUAGACCUGUGCGUCAUAGAAGUAACCUACAUGUAGCUUUGGGAUCCCAGGUUACCAAAAUCCUUAUAAACCCAGUUAAGAAACAAGCGUAUGGCGUGGAGUUUUACCGAAAUGGUGAGCGUCAUAAAGUGAGGAUAAAGCGAGAAGUCAUUAUGUCAGCCGGUGCGCUUGCUAGUCCACAACUGCUUAUGUUAAGUGGAAUUGGUCCAGCGGAACACCUUAGAGAGCACGGCAUUCCGCUGGUCGCUAACCUCAAAGUCGGUCACAAUCUACAAGAUCACGUAGGAUUGGGUGGCUUAACGUUUGUAGUAAACAAACCUGUUACGUUCAAAAAGGACAGAUUCCAAUCUUUUUCUGUCGCAAUGAACUACAUUUUAUAUGAAAAAGGACCGAUGACCACACAAGGCGUUGAGGGUUUGGCAUUUGUAAACACUAAAUAUGCUCCUACAUCGGGCAAUUGGCCAGACAUACAGUUUCAUUUCGCUCCGAGUUCAGUAAAUUCUGAUGGUGGGGAACAAAUAAGAAAGAUCCUUAAUUUACGCGAUAGAGUUUACAAUACGGUAUAUAAACCGAUAGAAAGCGCGGAGACGUGGACAAUCCUGCCACUGCUUUUACGGCCAAGGAGCACUGGAUGGGUAAAGUUAAAAAGCCGCAAUCCGUUCCAACCGCCAUCAAUAGAGCCUAACUACUUCGCAUACAAAGAAGACAUACAAGUGUUAACCGAAGGAAUAAAGAUAGCCUUCGCUUUAUCGAAUACGACAGCAUUCCAGAGAUACGGCUCGCGGCCACACACGAUACCUUUGCCGGGAUGCCAGCACCACCCUCUAUUCAGCGACGAGUAUUGGGAGUGCAGUUUGAAACAUUUUACAUUUACAAUAUACCAUCCGACUAGUACGUGUAAAAUGGGGCCUAAAUAUGACCAAAACGCAGUUGUGGACGCAAGAUUACGUGUUCACGGUGUAGCCAAUUUACGAGUAGUGGACGCAAGUAUAAUGCCCACUAUAAUUAGUGGCAAUCCGAACGCUCCAGUGAUUAUGAUCGCUGAAAAAGCAUCUGAUAUGAUCAAAGAAGACUGGCUCGUGUUAUGACAGUGUUAAGUGAAACAAAAUUCAAAGUUAGUCAUGAACUAUUAAGUAUUUAUGUCACAAAGUACUUUAAGUUGUUU